AAGAGGAGGUCACUCUAGCAAAUAACUAAGGACCACGUGAAAAGAGAAAAUGCAACAGGACGAUGUUAUUUGGAGCAUUAUUAAUGGAUCGUUUUGUUCGUUUAUGACAAGAACAAAAGGACAAAAGUUUUGUCGUAAUGAAUACAACUUGACUGGGCUUUGUAAUCGAACUGAUUGCCCCCUUGCAAACAGUCAAUAUGCUACUGUGCGAGAAGAAAAGGGUAUUUGUUAUCUGUACAUGAAGACAGUUGAACGAGCAGCCUUUCCUAAUCGCAUGUGGGAAAAAGUUAAAUUGUCAAGGAAUUAUGAGAAGGCUAUGAAGCAGAUAAAUGACAACCUUAUAUAUUGGUCCAAAUACAUUCGACACAAAUGCAAGCAAAGACUGACACGAAUAACACAGUACCUUAUUCGUAUUCGCAGACUAACCCUGAAGCGACAGAAGAAACUUGUUCCCAUAAACAAGAAAGUAGAACGUAGAGAGUCACGCAGAGAGGAGAAGGCAUUGGUGGCAGCACAGCUGAACCAGGUCAUCGAGAAAGAACUUCUGGAGCGCCUCAAACAAGGGACAUAUUCAGAUAUCUACAACUUCCAGUUCAUGCCUUUGAUAAAACAGGAAGUUGAUGCUGAAGAGGAAAUGGAAGAACUUGAAGCAGAAGAAGAGAAGGAUGUUGGUCAGGUUGAGUAUGUUGCUGAUGAGGAUUUUGAGGAGAGUGAUGAUGAUGAUGUGGAGAGUUUUGAUGAGACUUCAGAAACAGAAAAUUCAGAAGAUGAGAAGAGAAGGCGCAGGCAGUUCAAGCAUGGCUUCAACAAGCCAAGGAAAGAAGAGAAAACAGUUCAGAUUGAGUAUGAAACAGAAAUAGAAACAACCAAGCAUGGCCCUUCAUCAUCAAAAAUAAAGACUAAAUAAAAUAAUCAGUUCUGUAAAUACAUGUUUUCAGAGUGGAAGAUCUGUGUCUGGAUGAAUGCUACAAAAUUAUUAGCAGGAUGCUUUAGACUGUUCUGUUAUUAUUUUUUUUUUUUUUGCAAAAUGAAAAAUAUUUGAAGAUGAAGUGGGUUUAUUAACGUGCUAUUCAUCUUUUAUUUUUAAACAUUGCUAUUUUUAUUUAGUUUGCUUCUUGAUGAGCAUAAAAGAUUUUUUAGAUUGUGCCACUUUUAUUGUGCUUAUAAACUGUUAUAAUACUUCUUGGUAUUAUUGCACAUACUUCCAUUUCCUGUGCAUUUACAUUUGUACCUACAUGUGAUGGUGCAAAAAUGUCACAGUAUGAUAUAUUCAAACAACUUUCAUGUUCUUUUGCUGGUGAAGAAAUAGUUGAGACUUUUGGCAUGUGUGAUAAAAGCACCUAUUAAAAAAAUAUGGACAACCGAAUCAUUUAUUCUUGAUAUGUUUGCCAUUAAACAUCAAGGGAAGUAACACAAGCAA